GCAUAAGGCGAUCGGGAGAAGGCGUGGAUCUCAUUGCCGGCCUGUGGGAAAGAUGUCUUGGCGUCUAUCACUUGGAUGUAAACAAACCAAAAUGAGUCCAAGUGAAUUAUUAUUGUUAUCUUUUGGCGUCUUGGCGUUAUUAAGUUUGGCAGAAUGUAAAAAAGAGCUUACCUUGUCUGAGCGGGUACAGCAGCUCUCAGAUGCUGCCCUUAAAAAACCAGUCCUCCGCUUCAAUGGGGACAAGUUCAAGCAGUAUGUUAAGGGCACGCCUCGGAACUACUCCAUGAUUGUGAUGUUCACUGCCCUUGCCCCUUCUAGGCAGUGUGGUAUUUGUAGGCAUGCACAUGAUGAGUUCCAGCUGGUGGCCAACUCCUGGCGAUACUCUCAGGGAUACUCCAACAAGCUGUACUUUUCCCUUGUUGACUUUGAUGAGGGACCAGAUGUGUUCCAACAGCUGAGGCUCAACUCUGCCCCUGUGUUCAUGCACUUCCCACCCAAGGGGAAGCCCAAGAAGGUGGACACUCUUGACAUCCAGAGAGUAGGAUUUGCUGCUGAAAACAUUGCUCGCUGGGUUGCUGAAAGGACAGACAUCCAGAUUCGAGUAUUCCGUCCUCCCAACUACUCUGGUCUUCUGGCUCUUGUGGUGCUGCUGGCACUGGUGGUAGGACUCCUCUACCUCCGCAAAAACAACUUGGACUUCCUCUACAACAAGACAACCUGGGCACUUGGUGCUUUGGCUUUCACUUUUGCGAUGACAUCAGGUCAGAUGUGGAAUCACAUUCGAGGCCCUCCAUUCCUUCAGAAGACACAGUCUGGAAAUAUUGCCUAUAUACAUGGGUCAUCACAAGGCCAGUUCAUUGUGGAGACAUACAUUGUUGCCCUACUCAAUGCAGCUGUGGCACUGGGUAUGAUACUGAUGGUGGAGGCUGCCAACAAGAGAGAUGAUGUGAGGAAACGUCGCAUUUAUGCCAUCAUUGGGUUGGGUCUCUAUGCUUUUUGCUUCUCCCUCUUAUUAUCCAUAUUCCGCUCCAAGGCCCAUGGGUACCCCUACAGCUUUCUCUUGAAGUAGUGUGACCCCAAGGAGAAACCAUCACAUGGGUGUACUACUAUAUCACUUGUUCUUCUGAGUAUGUUCUGAACCCACAAGUGGACCUUAUUUUUAUACUGACUUUCCAAGCAAGGUUAUAUUAAAAACAAAUUUUUUAUUGUAUGGUUCAGAUGUGCUACUUUCAUCGUGACAUUUUUAUUCUAAGUACUCAGACAUUUCACUGAAGCAUUCAGAUAUUGUAAAUUUGUACUUUUUUUUUCUGGAUCAUAAGGUACUGAUCAAACUUUACAUUCAAGAAGUUAAUUAUUUAUAAUGUGUCGGUAUUCACAAAUAGAAGACUUAGUCAUGCCAGUAUGGAAGCUUAGCACUCCACAUUUUCAUGAUGAUGGUAGUAGUGCUGUGAAUUUUGUGUUGGCUUUACCAACAACAUGAUCUUAAUAUUCAGGUAUUUAUUGAGGUCUUAUGAAUAAGUGAAAAGGAUGUUUUAUCAAAAAAAAGUAGAGUUUUCAAGCUACUUAGUAUUUUCUUUUAUUCAUAUGAUUAUCAACAUUUAAAAUUUUUUUUUUAAUUAUUAUUACCAUUAUUAUUAUUAUUAUUAUUAUUAUUAUUAUUAUUAUUAUAUUGUUAGUAGUUACACUUCAUGGUCACUAAUAUUUAUGAUGUUUAUGUUAUUCAUCUUUACAAACAGUUCAUGUGUAAAGCUUAGGCAGUGCACAUUAUUUAAUGCUUUAUGAAUUGGUGACUUGCAAGUUGUGUGGUUUUUUUUGUUUGUGUGUGUGUGUGUGUGUGUGUGUGUGUGUGUGUGUGUGAGGGAUAUGAGCUUCACUUAUGGCAUAUUAAAGUCUGUUAAUUGUAAA